UCGGUUCCUCUUUUGUUUUUCUCUGUCUAUUUUUCUCUCUCCCAUUGACUCGCUCUCUUUUUCAGUUGUGUUACUCAUCUAGUAUUUUCUUUAGAAUCGCUUUUCAGUUUUCGCUUUCACGAUUGAUUACAUGUUGGAGUUUAAAAAUGACCUUGAUUCAUUAGUGUCCAUCGGCUAAUUUUCUGUGUGUGUGAGAGAGAAAGACUUUAAUUGUGUUUGUGUCAUCCGGCAAUUUAAAUUCUCUUUAUUAGAAUAAUUUAUUUCUCCCUUUCCAUUUGCUCUAAGAGGUUAACCCUUGACUCUUAUUUUCCCACUCAUUUUUUGUUUGUCUGUUAAUUUGUUGUUUCUUGUGUUCGGACAAUGGAUUCUGCUACUGGUCAAGCCACAAUUCAACAAUCAAGUCACAUUUCACCAAAUUAUUCUUACAUUUUCCAAUUCGAAGAGUCAUUUGAAUACCAAAAGAAACGAGAAUGGAUGCAAGAACAUUGGCAUGAAGCCUUUUACUAUGUUGCUGUUUACAUGCUUCUGGUUUUCGGUGGUCAAGCUUACAUGUCCAGUCGAGAACCUUUCAAGCUUAGGAGAGUCUUAACCCUUUGGAAUAUCGUUUUGGCUUCUUUCUCAAUUGUUGGAACCAUUAGAACUUUGCCUGAAAUGUUUCAUGUUUUUCACAACUUCGGCUUCUACCAUACAGUUUGCAAUCCAAGUUACAUUGAAGUGACUCGAGUCUCUGGCUUUUGGACUUGGAUGUUUACCUUAUCCAAAGUUCCCGAACUCGGUGAUACUAUUUUCAUUGUUCUUAGAAAACAGAAUUUAAUCUUCCUCCAUUGGUAUCAUCAUAUAACUGUACUGUUAUUCACAUGGUACAGUUAUGGACAACACAUUUCCCCUGCUCGUUGGUACAUUUGUAUGAACUAUUUGGUCCAUUCGAUUAUGUACUCUUAUUAUGCUGCCCGAGCUCUUGGUUUCCGAGUUCCAAAACAAUUAGCCAUGAUUAUCACAAGCUCUCAGAUAAUUCAAAUGGUUGUCGGUUGCUAUGUAACCUAUUAUGGUUAUGCUAAAGCUCAACAAGGUGUCUUCUGUCAAAUACCCGAAGGAACCGCUAAAUUAGGACUAAUCAUGUACGGCAGUUAUUUUGUGCUUUUCGCCAAUUUCUUCGUAAACUCAUACACCAAACAACCUGUUUCCAAAGGAUCCAGAAUAUCGUCAUCAUCUUCAUCAUCAUGCAUCGAAUCAAAAGCCAAAGCAAAAACUCACUGAUCAACUCGAUAAGAUUAAACAAAAAAAAAGAGAAAAAAAAAUCAAUCAAAUUAAAACCAAUUCUAAUCUCAA